AUGCGCUCCAGCAUCGCGUGCGCCCGCUGCCGUCGCAGCAAGAUCAAAUGCGUCAAUGCCGGCAUCGACACCACCUGUCGCGCCUGUGAGUCCUCUGGUCGCGAGUGUGCUUACCCUACCCCCGCCAUCGGAGGCGGCGCCGCCGCCGCCAAACGGGAUCUCGCGGCCCUCGCCGAUGGGGACGAGCGCAAUGGCCACCCCGACUGGGAGAGCCCCAAGCGCCAGCGCUCGCGCAAGUCCGUCGGCCUCGCCGCCGCCGCCGCCAAGGAGGCCGCCGCCAAGGCUUCCCUCGACGCCCUCGACGCGCCCGUCCUGACCGUCAAGGUCUGGGAGGCCGUCUUCGACCUCUUCCAGUCCCACGCCGCGACCCUCCUGCCCUUCCUGCACCCCGCCUCCUUCCUGGCCCAGAUCCGGCCCCUCGCCCACGGCGCUGGCCCCGCCCCGCGAGCCCCCGGGCGCCCACGCCCCCGCGCCGCCCCCGAACCCGCUGAUCCCCCUCGGCGUCCUCGCGCUGACCGCCCGCUUUCACCCGACCCUCGUCGCCUACCAUGCCCCCGCCGGCGCUGGCGCCGGCGCCGGGCCCCCGACCCCCUCGUCGCCUCCGAGGUUUACGCGACCGCCCUGCGCGCCCGUCUGGCGGGCGUCGACGGCUCCAGUCUCGCCGUCCCCGACCUCACCCGCGUCCAGGCCCUGCUCAUGCUCGCCCUGCACGAGUGGGGCAUGUGUCGCGGCAAGAGCGCCUGGCUCUAUGUCGGCAUGGCCAUCCGCCUCGCCCAGGCCCUGGGCCUCCCCUGGGAGCUCGAGCAGGACGGCGUCGCCCCCGCCGCGCCCGCCCCGCUCCAGAUGGAGGCGGAGCUGUUCGGCCUGCCCCGUCGGGCGCCCCCGGCGCGUGAGCCCACCGCCGACGACAUCAUCGCCCAGGAGACCAAGCGUCGCACCUUCUGGGCCUGCUUCCUCCUCGACCGCUGCCUCAGCUCCGGCCGGUAUCGCCCCCGCAUGAUCCGCGUCCGCGAGCUGGGCAUCCAGCUGCCCAGCGACAACGCCUUCGCCUUCGGGGAGCGCGUCCGCACCGCCCGCCUGGGGGAGCCCCCGCCCAGCCUCGGCGGCUUCGCGGACGACCCGCGGCCCGGUCCCGCGUCGGAUGCGCACCACCCCCCGUCCGCCUGGUCGCCCGUCGCCCGCCGCGCCGACGCCGCCGCCGCCGCCGCCACGGCCGCCGCCACCGACGACGAGGGCAUCGACCGCUGGGAGGUCGGUGCCGAGGAGUCCGUGCUCGGCCGCGUCAUCCGCAUCGUCCGUCUCUGGGGCAGCAUCGCCCAGUGGUCGUGCGCCGGCGGCCGUCGCACCGAGCCGGUCGCCCCCUGGCACCCGGAGUCGCGCUUCGCCCACCUGCGCACCCGCCUCGCCGAGUUCCAGGACGGCCUGGCCCGGAACCUGCAGUACUCGUCCCGCAACACCGAGACCCACAUCAUGUACCGCCACAGCCUGGCCCCCUACACCGUCAUGCACGUCGUCUACUUCCUGUCCGUCAUCGUCCUGCACCGCGCCUACAUCCCCUUCCUGCCCGUCCACUGCCCCGGUCCCGUCGGGCCCCUCGACGAGCCGGGCGCCGUCGCGACCGACCCGACCACCGCCGGCGGGCCCGACGGGUUCUGGCGCGACAGUGCCCGCGAGCUCUUCGGCGCCGCCCGUCGCAUGAUGGACCUGGUCCUCACCUGCCAGGAGCGCGGCGUCCUGGUGGAGAACCCGCUCGUCGGCUUCGCCGUCUACCAUGCCGCCUUCAUGCUCGACCUCCUGCGCCGGAUGCGCCCCCGCCUUCGCAUGGCUCGCGGCUGGUUCCGCACCGUGAACCGUCUCCACAGCUACUUCGCCAAGGUCCGUCGCGACGUCCGCCGCCACACCCGUCGCCCGGAUGGGGGCCUUGCCGCCGACGACGCCGGUCCCGACGGCCGGCCCGUGCGCGAGGGCGGUGCCGGUGGAGGCCUCGACGAGUUCCGCCUGAUCGAGAAGCUGUUCCUCGACUUUGGUACCAUCGAGGAUCAGCUGCCGGAGACGGGGUCCGAUGCCAGCGGGGAUGGGGGUCCCGUCGUUGCCGCCACCACUGCCCUGCCCGCGGUCCCUCCUGGCCCCUUAGGGAGCGACCGCGCCACCAACCCCAGCGAUGCCGGCAGCUCCGUCGCCCGCAGCGAGACCGGAGACGCCGGCGAGGAGCCGUCCGCGGACGGUGGUAUCCCCCCCAGCGGGCGACGCGAGUCAUGGGUGCCCGUCAACAGCCCCGGCCUGCCGCCACGAGGGCCCGACGGGGACCGACGGCCCAGCCUGCCGCUGCCCACCACCAGCCGGUCACUGCAGUCCCAGUCCCCCUUCUCCCUCCCCGCCCUGCCCCCACCCCCGCCCCCGCCGGUCCCGGCUGACACGCCGCUCUACGGACAUCCGUCGCCCACGCUGCCGUCCAUCGGGACCGCCAGCUCUCAAGCGCCCCGCCUGCAACCGCUCAACUCAUGGUUGCCCCCGCGGGGACCGCCGCCACCGUACGCCCAGUCGCUGCCGCCGAUCAGCGCCACCACCGCCCACGGGCUUCCGCUGCUGCCGCCGCCUGGCGCGGUGGGAGGGCCGGGUGGGUCCUCGCCGGGGACCGACGGGUGGGACAGUCUCGCGCCGCCGCCGGGACUGUGGUCGACUAGUCUCGGUGGGGAAGAUGUGUUGGCCUUCCUGGAAGGGUGUGAUUAUGACCAGCUGCCCAGUCCGACGGCGUCGGAACUCGGGCUGCCGACGGGGUGGUUGAGUACCGUGUGGACUGAAUUUGCGCGGUAG